AUAUUGCUUCGUACCAAACCCGAAAAGCAAACUUAGGAAACGCAAAGGGAGAAUAAAUUGGAGAAAACGAAGCUGCCUCCAUUCACUCACUCGCUGCUCGCUGCUCGCUGCUCGCUGUAACAAUUUCACUCGUGGUCGGAUGAAAGGCAAGAAGUGGAAAAAGAAGGGGAAAACUUUCAUUCAAUUAAAUAAAAAAAAUAAACUUAUGAAGAAAAAGGAGGAUGCAGGGGUUAAGCCAAGUAGUAUGAUAGAUCAAGCUUUUCUCCCUAUUAUUGACUCAGCAGGAGUCUCUGCUUCUGUUGCUUCUCCAGCUCCUGCAUCUAGUGUUGGUAGAGCUUCCUCACCAGAUAAAGAGAAAGACGAGGAAGAUUUCAAGGACCUUUCUGGUUUUAUAUUUCUGUGCAGCGGAGAGACAAAACUUGAUUGUUUCAGAUUUCGUGUUUUUGGGCUUCGUUCAAAUAAAAAGGAAAUUGUAGAAAAGAUUAAACCUGGAACAAAGCUCUUCCUCUUUGAUGUUGAGUUGAAGCUCUUGUAUGGUGUGUAUGAGGCUAUAUCCUCUGGAAAAAUAGACUUGGAAGCACAUGCUUUUGGAGGCAAAUUUCCAGCACAGGUGAAAUUUCAAAUUUUUAAGGAAUGUCUUCCCCUGCAAGAAUCUUCUUUCAGACAUGCUAUAAAGGACAAUUAUCAUGGCAGAAAGUUUGAACCCGAAUUAAAUGAUCAUCAAGUGAGGAAUCUAUUAUCCUUAUUUUAUCCCCUGACUGAAUCAGCAGCAGCAGCAGCUGUGUCCCAUCCACUGGCACCGUCUUUGGCUAAUGUUGGCUUGCCAAAGAUUAUGCCCGCCUUGGCUGUGAAAGAUCAGGUUAAGUUGCUGCCGUAUCCUCAGGAAGUGGGUCCAUCAAUUGCCAAUGUUGGCCCACUAAAUACUAAUCCUGCUUUUGCUAAGGAACAUCAGGUGCAGGAUGAACCCAAGCACCAGCCUCGUUCGUCAACUGCUUUUGUAGAUGAGCAAAAUUCUGGUGAUGCUGUGGAAAUUGAUUCAUUUGAGGACACCCACGAUGAAUCUGACCGACAGGAUGAUCUUUCUGGCUUUAUAUUUAUGUGUGGUAGAAAUACAAAACAUGAUUGUUACAGAUUCCGUGUUUUUGGGCUUCCAUUAAACAAGCAAGAAAGGAUAGAAAAGAUUAAGCCAGGAGCAAAGCUUUUCCUGUUUGAUUUCGAGUUGAAGCUUCUGUAUGGUGUAUAUGAGGCAACAUCCACUGGAAUAAUAAACUUGGAACCACUUGCUUUUGGAGGCAAAUUUCCAGCACAGGUGAAAUUUCGAAUUUUUAAGGAAUGUCUUCCCCUGCCAGAAUCUUCUUUCAGACAUGCUAUAAAGGACAAUUAUCAUGGCAGAAAGUUUGAACCUGGACUAAAUGAUCAUCAAGUGAGGAAUUUAUUAUCCUUAUUUCAUCCCCUAGCUGCAUCAGUAACAGCAGCAGCACCGCCCCAUCCACUGACAAAAGUGGGCCAGUCUUUUGCUAAUGUUGACAUGCCAAAGAUUACAUCCUCCUGGGCCAUAGAAGAUCGGGUGAAGAUGCUGUCUUGUGCCCAAGCAAAAGUGGGUUCAUCAUUGGCCAAUGUUCCACCACCAAAUACAAUUCCUGCUUUGUAUAUGGAACAUCAUGUUAAGUAUUCCUCGAUGCCCACUUCGGCGGAGGAUCCAUAUAUGACCAGAAUGCAGCACUUUCAUCCUCCACCCAUUGUGGAAUCUCAACGAGUCUAUGAACUCCAAAGUGCUCAGCAUGGUUGGCUUAGAACCACGAACUUCGUGGAGAGUGCUCUUACAGUUGCGGAGCAUAAACAGUUGACUGCUCCCAGUCAUGCAUAUUCUCAUCAACCACAUGUCACUCAAGGCAUUUCCACCGAUAUACGGAAUCCAUAUCUCAGGUAUGGAUCAAUGCAAGGCGGGGUCCCGUCGCUGCCACAUCUCAUGGAGCUAAAUGACAAGAAUUACCAAUUGUACUCGGGAGUAGAGCGAGGAAUGCUGCCACCUCAAGAGAGUAUUGUUACACGCAACUACUACUCUGGCCCUUCAGCUCCUUAUGCUCCUCCUGUUCUGCAGCAAUAUGCUUCAUCAGAAGCUGUAAUACAAGAAGGGACUUCUUCCAUGUCAUUCGAGUAUUCACUUGUAAGGCGUCUUGGCCUUGAAUCGGCAGCGGUAGCAGCUAUGGGAAAUUGCUGCUCCGACGAGAACGGUGGACAUUCGGCGGUUGGCGGUACCGGUGCUUACGUGGCAAAUCAAAACAACGGUCAUAACGAAGCCGUCGAUGCUCUUCUCAAGUCUCGCGGUUACCAAGGGCUCUACUCGCACGUCGAGUUGUCUCUAUCUGCUACUGGUUUGCGUGAUCGCGAUGUGCUUUCCAAGAGCGAUCCUAUGGUAGUCAUUUAUUCAAAAGGAAGAGAUGGUUCAUUGCAAGAGCUUGGCCGUACAGAAGUAGUUCCAAACUCAUUGAAUCCCAAGUGGAUUACAAAGUAUACUAUUGCCUAUCAUUUUGAGACAGUGCAGAAUUUGGUGUUCCGUGUCUGUGAUGUUGACACUCAAUUUCAUAAUCAAGAUGUCAAGAUGCUUAAACUGGAGGAUCAGGACUUUCUUGGUGAGGCUAGUUGCACAUUAUCUGAGAUUGUCACAAAGUCAAACGGGUCCCUGACCUUAGACCUUAUACCUGGAGAACAAUCUUCUGGUCCAACGCAUGCCCAAAAAUCUGGUAAGCUUACUGUUUGUGCUGAAGAAAGUGUUGCCUCAAAGACUACUGUAGAGUUGAAAUUGAGAUGUUCAGAAUUGGUGUCCAAGGAUUUGUUCUCAAAAAGCGAUCCAUUUUUGGUGAUAUCUAAAUUUACAGAGAGUGGAAUGGUGGUUCCAAUUUGCAAAACAGAAGUUAUAAAAGAUGAUCAUACUCCAAAUUGGAAACCAGUUACCGUGAAUAUUCAACAAGUUGGAAGUAAGGACAGUCCAUUGACUAUUGAGUGUUAUGACUUCAAUUCAAACGGAAAGCAUGAUUUAAUUGGCAAGGUUCAGAAAUCACUAGCAGAUUUAGAAGUGUUGCACUCGACUGGUUCGAGUGCAAAUCUUUUCACACCAGCUGCAUUAGGACAAAAUUCGCAAAACAAGGUCCUAAAGAGCCAGCUUUUUGUGGAAAGCUUUUUCGAGAAAACACAGCAUACAUUCCUCGAUUACUUGGCAUGGGGCUAUGAACUUAACUUCAUGGUGGCCAUUGACUUUACUGCUUCAAAUGGAAAUCCACGCUUACCUGAUUCAUUGCAUUAUAUCGAUCCUUCAGGACGGCCAAAUGAUUACCAGAGAGCCAUCUUGGACGCUGAAGAGGUAUUGCAGUUCUACGAUAGAGACCGACGUUAUCCUGCUUGGGGUUUCGGAGCGCGGCCAAUUGAUGGCCCUGUUUCUCAUUGCUUCAAUCUAAAUGGCAGCAGUGACUACUGUGAGGUGGAAGGAAUCCAGGGUAUCAUGACGGCAUACAUGAGUGCCCUUUAUAAUGUUUCACUUGCAGGACCAACUAUAUUUGGACCAGUUGUUACGUCAGCUGCAGAUAUAGCAAAUCAGUCUUUGAUGAAGGGCGAGCGGAAGUACUUCAUUUUGUUAAUAAUCACGGACGGAGUGAUAACAGAUCUCCAAGAAACAAUGGAUGCCCUUGUUCAUGCGGCGGGUUUGCCAUUGUCAAUUCUUAUUGUUGGGGUUGGAGGAGCUGAUUUCAAGGAAAUGGAGAUUUUAGACGCUGAUAAAGAGAGGCUUGAAUCAACACAUGGAUGUGUUGCAGUGCGUGACAUAGUCCAAUUUGUUCCCUUCCGGGAUGUACAAAGUGGAGACUCUGUCCUUCAAGCACUUUUAGCAGAAUUACCUUCCCAGUUUUUGGAAUAUAUGCGGCUCAAAAGGAUCCAGCCAACUUCAUGAUCAUACAAGAAUUGUACAUACAAAUGUUGAUUUGUGUGAUGUCCUGUUAAAAUCACCAUUUUCUAGCUUGUUCCCCAAUGGUGUCAAAAGUUUUGUUUUUGGAUGUCUCAUUUCGUCUUUUCUUUCCUAUUUCCCAGAAAGUUGUACUUAAUUAUAUUUCUUCAUACUCGUGUUCUUAUUUAUUUUGUUGAUAAAAGUUCAGAGGAAGCUCGUUACCUUUGUACUGACUGAGUAAAUGUAAUCUCGUCAGGGUGAGAGGAUGUUGCAAAUUCCUUUUGUGACUAUCUACAAAUUACUUUGCUAUUUAA